AUGGCAUCAAAUCAAGGCAAAGGCACACUUUAUACAUUUCCCGGUAAUUUUCGUGCUUACAAAGCUCAAAUUGCAGCACAAUACAGUGGAGCACAAUUAACCGUUGCUGGUGAAGAUAAAUUCAAAAUGAAUGAUACCAACCACUCAGGAGAUUAUCUUAAAAAAUUUCCAACAGGAAAAGUACCCGCUUUCGAGAAUGAUGCUGGUGUUCAUUUAUUUGAAGCCAAUGCUAUUGCUCAUUUUCUUGCAAAUGAACAACUUCGUGGUAAAACACCAGUAGAACAAGCUCAAGUUCUUCAAUGGAUUGAAUAUGGUGAACGAGAAAUCAAUCCAGCAUCAGCUACAUUGGUCUAUCCAUGUAUGGGUAUUAUGCAAUUCAAUAAACAAAAUAAUGAACGUGCUAAAGAUGAAUUAAAACAUAUUUUACAAUUACUUAAUGAUUAUCUUCGUACACGAACAUAUCUUGUUGGUGAACGUAUUACAUUAGCUGAUGUUGCCGUUGGUUGUGAUUUAUUGUUACUCUUUCAAUGGAUCAUCGAACCAAGUUUACGUGAACCAUAUCCACAUGUAACUCGUUGGUUUUCAACAUUGAUUCAUCAAAAAGAAUUUCAAGCUGUUCUUGGUAGUGACUAUAAAUUAUGCGACAAAGCAGCACAAUUCGAUGCCAAGAAAUAUGCUGAAGUUUCUCGUCAAGAACGAACAACAAAUGUUUCACAAUCAAGUGAUGGUGGAGCUAAAACUGAUAAGAAAAAACCUAAAGAAGAAAAACCAGCCAAAGAAGCUGCAAAACCAGCUAAGAAAGAAAAAGAAGUCGAAGAUGCCGAUGAAGCUGAAGACACCUAUGAUGAACCAAAACAAAAAGAUCCAUUUGCUGAUAUGCCAAAAACCUCAUUUAAUAUGGAUGAAUUCAAACGUGUCUAUUCAAAUGAAGACACAGCUACAAAAGCUAUUCCAUAUUUCUGGAACAAUUUUGAUAAAGAAAAUCUUUCAAUUUGGUUUUGUGAAUAUAAAUUUCCAGAAGAUUUGAACCAAGUAUUUAUGACAUGUAACUUAAUCUCUGGAAUGUUUCAACGUUUGGAGAAAUUACGUAAAAACGCAUUUGCUAGCAUGUGUGUUUUUGGUGAGAACAAUAAUAAUACUAUUGCUGGCGUUUGGUUUUGGCGUGGACAAGAACUUGCCUUCGAACUUCAAUCCGAUUGGAAAGUUGAUUAUGAAUCUUAUAACUGGAAGAAAUUAUCAGUUGAUGAUGAAAAAACUAAACAAUUAGUUAAUAAUUUUUUUCUUUGGGAAGGUGACCAUAAUGGUAAAAAAUUCAACCAAGGAAAAAUCUUCAAAUAA